AAAAUUAACAAAAAAAAUAUAUAAUUGAAUGAUGUACCAUAUUAUCAAUAUUUGACGUAAGCUAAACACAAUUACUUGGGAGAUAAUUUUUAUAUAUACAUUAUAUACACACGUACAUAUAUCAAACGCAUUUUAAAAAAAAAAGCCCCGUGGCUGAAUAUUGCUGUUCCUCAUUGAUAACGUGGACGCACUGCUUAGUUCAAAGAAAGAGCUCGAAGAAUGAAGAAAAAGAGCUGGGUCCUGGGGGCUUCCAGAGUUUUCAGAGCUGGGUCCUGGGGACUUCCAGAGUUUUCCUUUCAUAUACAUAUAUUUACGCCAAUUCCAGUGGCUUCAACUUACUGGAACUUGAAGAGGCGCUGCUUAGUUCGAGGAAAAUUAGCAAUGGCCGAACAAUUUGAGAUGCCACGAGUGAAACUGGGAACCCAAGGACUUGAGGUAUCAAGGCUAGGUUAUGGUUGUAUGGGGCUUUCAGGUAUCUACAAUAAUCCUGUCCCUGAGGAAGAAGGAAUUGCAAUAAUCAAAGAGGCAUUUAAUAAAGGAAUUACGUUCUUUGACACAUCGGAUGCUUAUGGCAUGAACCAUGCCAACGAGUACUUGGUGGGGAAGGCACUAAAGCAGUUACCUCGAGAAAAGGUUCAAUUAGCUACAAAGUUUGGUGUAGCAGGAUUUGAUGCUUCUGGUGUCAUAGUGAAAGGUUCACCUGAAUAUGCUCGCUCUUGUUGUGAAGCUAGUCUGAAGCGUCUUGAUGUGGAUUAUAUCGAUCUUUACUAUAUACAUCGAAUUGAUAAUACUGUGCCAAUUGAAUACACUAUGGGAGAACUUAAAAAGUUGGUCAAAGAAGGUAAAAUAAAAUAUAUUGGGUUGUCUGAAGCUAGUCCAGACACAAUAAGGAGGGCUCAUGCAGUUCAUCCUGUUACUGCUAUACAAAUGGACUAUUCCCUUUGGGUUCGUGACAUCGAAGAAGAAAUAAUUCCACUUUGCAGGGAACUUGGAAUUGGAAUAGUUCCAUACAGUCCCUUAGGUCGAGGGUUUUUUGCUGGGAAGGCCAUCGUGGAAAGUGCAGAUCCAAAUAGCUCUUUGACAAGUCACCCAAGGCUUCAGGGAGAGAACUUUGAUAAGAACAAAGUCCUAUAUUUUCGUAUAGAAGCGUUGGCUAAGAAGCAUGGAUGCACUCCUGCUCAACUUGCGCUUGCAUGGGUUCUUCAUCAAGGAAAUGAUGUUGUACCUAUUCCAGGUACGACCAAAAUUAAGAAUCUUCACGAUAAUAUUGGUGCUCUGAAAGUGAAGCUUACAAAAGAAGAUUUGAAAGAGAUUACUGAUGCGGUUCCCAUCAAUGAAGUAGCUGGGAUGAGAAGUUCUAAUGAUGCUUUUCAUCGGAUCACGUGGGAAUUUGUGAGGACACCACUCCCAAAAUGAACCAGUUAAAUGGAUAAUAUUUGUAUAUUAUGUUUUGAAAGAUCUUUGUCGUAGUUGUGUUGAUAUUUCCCGCAGUUUCCUUUGCACACUUCUAAUUCCCUUUUGUACUUUUCCCAUGUCAUUAGCUUGUGUUGCUGAUCACGAAUAAUAUAUUGCGUGGCUAUUUAAUAAUUGAACCCUUCUCUUCUUUUUUACCA